CAUUGAUAAUGUUAUCAUUAUCAGUUGCAAUUAUGGCUCCGAUAGCUACAUACGUGUUUCUAGACCUCGGCACUACAGGUAGAGACGCUAAAGUGGACGAAAUAACAGAACUAGCCAUGGUGGCGGUGAAUCGUCAACACCUUCUCGAUACGAGUGAUUCGAAGUCUAAGAAGCUCAGGGUUCAAAACAAGUUGAUACGCUGCUUCAAAGUUGAUAAGAAAAUGACUUAUAACGCGAAGUCUAAUGGCAGAGGCGGCUUCAAGAACGAAGAUCUCCAACACGAGUGCUACUUCGACAAAUCCAGUUUUCCUAUGAUCGAUAAUUUCCUCAAUACUCUGAAGAAACCUGUAUGCUUGAUCGCGCACAGCGGUGGCAACUUUGACUUCCCUAUAUUGAAGAGGUAUUUUACUAAACUAGGUGUUACGUUUUCGGAUGCUAACAUCAUGUAUGCUGAUACAUUACUGGCAUUCUCUGACAUUAUAGAGAACACAACAGCGUAUGAGGAUGCUGGAACAUCAGGUGGCAAUGACUUGAACGAAAGCUUACCGAAAAGGCAAUGUAUGUCACAAGGAAGAAUCCGAGUCCAUGCAAAAAACCGCACAUAUCCUCACACUCGCUCAAAACAGCAUCCUGAAGAAUCGAACAAGCUGACAUAUGUUUACAAACGAUUGUUAAAUAAAUCUCCCAGAACAUCACAUCAAGGCGAAGCGGACUGUGACCUGAUGCUGAAGAUCGCAGAGCAUCUUGGUCGAAAGUUUGUAAAAUGGAUUGAUGAUGAUAAAUAUAAUCUUUGUCGCUUCCCUGCUGACGUACGUGACCCGUAAU